AUUUCUUUUCCCUCUGCCAUCUCCCUCUUCCCUCUCCCUCUCUUUCUCUCUCUCUCUUCCCUCGCAUCCUUAUUUAUUUCAUUAAAAUUAAUCCUUCCAUCGCGUGCUUGCGACCAUCCGUCAUGUCGCGCAAGGACGAAUCCAAGGCCGAGAAGGCCAAAGAUGCCGCCACGGUUAGCGUCAAUGUCGAGGAUUACACUAAGACCCGCGACAGUGUCAUCAUCAGCCUGGCGCAACUGCAGUCUGCCGUCUCGGACCUGUCGCGCGCCUACAUCAACCACACUAGCACGGUCCUGAACCCUGGCUCCUCCAACCUCGACAUCGGAGGUAUCACCAGCGGCAUCACCAACACCCUCUUCGAAAGUGGUCUGCUGGGCGCUCGCCCUACCAGCCCCGGCGCCAAGUCCGAGGUGGGCGAGAAGAAGAAGCGCAAGCGUGCUCCUCCUGACCCCAACGCCCCCAAGCGCGCCUUGACCCCGUUCUUCCUGUACAUGCAGCACAACCGCGCCAAGAUCGCCGAAGAACUGGGUGGCUCUGCCAAGCCCAAGGAUGUGUCCGACGAGGGAACCCGUCGCUGGGCUGUGAUGGACGAGCCUCACAAGGAGAUCUGGAAGAAGCUGUACGCCGACAACCUUGCCAUCUACAAGGAGAAGAUGAAGGCCUACAAGGCCGGCGUCCCCGUCGCGGAUGACGACAGCGCCAGAGCCGCCAACCAACUCCAGCAGGACGUGGAGGGCGUUUCGGGCUCCGGUGCCGAAGAGACUGAUGACGACAAUGACGACGACGACGAGGAACAGGCUCAGGAGCAGGACGAUGAGGAAGAAGAGGAAGAAUCCUCGCCCGAGCCCGAGCCCGUCAAGGAGCCUACCCCCCCUCGCAGCAGUGCUAAGCGUCGUCGCAGCGAGGGCAAGACCAAGGAGGCUCCCACACCCGUCCCGGAGAAGAAGGAAUCGCCGGAGAAGAAGACGAAGCGCACCUCUGCCCGCAAGGCCGCCGAGGAACCUCCUGCCUCCGCCCGCAAGCCGGCUGCCGCUGAUAACAAGCGUGGUGCCAAGAAGAACAAGCGCAAGAGCGAGGCCGCCGACGAGUAAAUCUUUUUUGGUUCGAAUGUGAUCCCCGUGCGUUGGUUGGUUUCUUGAAAAUGGUUUCCUUGGCUUAAGCGAAAUCGUUCCUGUAUAGCUUAUCGGGUUCUGUACAUUUGGGGAAUUUGUGGGACAGUCUAUUGGUGGGGUUUUUUCUCUCUUUUUUUUCUCUACUAUUUUUUGGCCUUGACAUCUGCCGUGUCCGAUGGUUAGUGCCGUUGAUUGCAAUUUCUGGAGGCAGAAGGAAUGCCCUUUCAUUUCGGGCUGGGAGAGUGGUUUCGGUUGGCUUUUCGGGAUAAGUAGAAGUAUUGCUGUUGGGUAUUGCUGUUGAAUAUUGCUUGGGUAGUCGCAAUGGAAAAGUCUUCGUAUGA